UUCUUUGGUCAGCAGCACGAGCAAGUCAACAAGCACGAUGAGAGCGAGCAUAAGGGUUCCAUUUCUCAUGAAGUUAUUGCAGGAGCAGCUGCAUAUGAAGCUGUCAAGGCUUACAAUGAUCAUUGUGAAAAAGAAGGAAAGCCUCAAGAUCACACCAUAGCCAAGGAAAUCCUUGCUGGUUUUGCUGCUGGUGCACUUGACAAACUGAUUGAAACAAAGGGUCUGGAUUAUCUCGACAGACAAAAGGCCAAGAAGGAUGCCGAGUCUCAGGUCAAGCAGUACUAUGAUGAAGAGCAGCUUGCCGAGAAGAAAGUUUAA